AUGAGCGGCUCGUCCAAAAGUAUUCUUCUGGACGGAAACGGACUGGAAAAGACUUUAAAAAUCGUGAAGAAUGAAGCCGAGGAACAAUUGGAGAACUUUCUGGCACCGGUAGCGGAAUUGGCCGACGACAUCAGUAGUGGACGGUCUAAGAUUGUAAAACCAGCGCCCGGAUUCUGCAUCAAAACAUUCAAGAAGGGAUCGAACGAAAAGUUUUUCAUUAAUCUCUGCCAGACGGAUAGUAUUCCGGCACCGCGUGACAUCACCGAGGACGAGCUGAUCCGCAUCCUGAACGAUGGCGAACCCAGCUCAUACCGCAUACCGAUGAGCAUAACCGUACCGCGCCAGACACAGGACAAAUCGAACCAAAGCUGCCAGGUGUGUGAUAUAGCGAUCAAUGCGAAUUUCUACGCCAAAAUUGAAUCGGGUGGGUUGUUGCGCGAGUUCCUCAUUACCGUGCUGUUCGAUGGGGUGGAAAACAAGUACGACAUAGCGUUGGACGAGAGCAACUUUCGCAUACUGAAGAACAAAAAGUUCAUGGACCGAUUGAUCCCGCACAACAUUCAGAACCGGGACGUGAAGCAGGUGAUCGAAAGCUAUGCGAAUCAAUCGGCUGAGGAUCGGGCCUUAUUACGUGAGCUCGAUAAUCCGAGACCACUUAUGGGGUCGCAAGCGAACCAAGGAAGAAAGCCGCUCAUUGAGGAGAUCGAUGCGGGAACGGUGAAAACGGUAAAGAAUGAAAGGAACAGUUCGCGCACGGUGGUGCCGGUAACCACGUCCGAAGGUACGCCUUACGUGCCCGACCCAACAAAGGUGGCAAUUGCGCAGGCCGCUACAAAGAAACCGGAAAGCAAGCUGUUCCGUGAACCGCCGGCCGGAAAAGCGAAACGCUUAAUAGGCGAAUUCCAUCUGCCGGAAUGUGUUUCAUCGAGCGAGAUUACGCUGGACGUUGGAGAAGAUCGCAUUCUGUUGGAAGCACGCAAGAAAGGCUACCUGCUGGACGUGUUCGUGGACUAUCGUAUCGAUGAGAGUAAGGUGGAGGCCCAUUUCGAUAGCACAACUAAAAUUCUUCAAGUAACGAUGCCGGUGUUGGCAGCUUAA